AUUCAUAUAAAAGGGCCCAAAGUCAGCCCAGAUUCCCUUAGACAGUCUGUCUCAUAUCUCAUCUCGUGGGUGGCCCUUGUUUUGCUGUCUCUAAAAUCUCCAUUUCUCUUCACUCUCUGUUUUCUAAUUGACUCUCUCUUGGUUUUCUAAGCCACAUUGCUCUGAGAUCAACUCUCAUGGCGUCGAUCAUCGAAUCUGCUUGGCAGUUUCUUAUCACACAUUUCAGCGAUUUUGAACUGGCCUGUCUAGGGAGUUUCUUUCUUCAUGAAAGUGUCUUUUUCUUAUCUGGACUUCCUUUUAUAUAUCUGGAGAGGGCAGGAUGGCUGAGCAAGUACAAGAUUCAGACAAAAAACAACAGCCCUGCAGCUCAGGAGAAAUGUAUCACUCGGCUACUGCUGUAUCACUUUGGUGUUAAUUUGCCAGUUAUGCUUCUAUCCUAUCCUGUCUUCAAAUACAUGGGCAUGCGAAGUAGUCUUCCUUUGCCGUCCUGGAAAGUGGUUCUAUCACAGAUAAUAUUCUACUUCAUCCUGGAAGAUUUUGUAUUCUACUGGGGGCAUCGCAUAUUACAUACAAAAUGGUUGUACAAGCAUGUACACAGUGUCCAUCAUGAAUAUGCAACACCAUUUGGACUGACAUCUGAAUAUGCUCACCCUGCUGAAAUAUUGUUUCUUGGGUUUGCUACCAUCAUUGGUCCUGCCAUCACUGGGCCCCAUCUGAUGACUCUCUGGUUGUGGAUGGUACUUAGAGUCCUGGAGACGGUUGAGGCGCAUUGUGGUUACCAUUUCCCAUGGAGCCUGUCAAACUUUGUACCCUUGUAUGGAGGUGCUGAUUUUCAUGACUAUCAUCAUCGUCUGCUUUAUACCAAGUCUGGAAACUACUCAUCAACAUUUGUUUACAUGGACUGGAUAUUCGGUACUGAUAAGGGUUACAGAAAGUUGAAGGCACUAAAGAGUACCGAUUAUGAAAAUGGCAACAAGCAGACAUAACAAUAGAAAAUUCUUUUUGAAUGAGCUUGACAUUUAGAAAAUGGGUUCCUGGUUAAAAGGGCAUCUUGGAAAAGGUUUUGUUCUGCCCCUGUCCCAUCUAGUGUGCAAUUUUAUCUUUUAGUUGUUUACUUAGCCGUUCAUGUUUACAGCGUGUAGUGAUAUGGAAUCAUUGGAAAGAUCUUGAACGUUUUGCUCUCUUGUUUCAUACAUUAAUGAAGUUUCUCUGCUAUAAAUAAACCUUUUCGUUCA